GUCGCGUGCCUUUUUCUGAUGCUUCUCAGUUUGUAGCAUGUAGCAUGCGCUUGUUUGUUUCAUGCUACAGACAGUGAGAGUGACUUUGAGACAUUCGAUAGCCUCAGACCAGGGUAGAUAGCACCAAAUUUUGUGCACGAUCAUGGAUUGCAGCAAUUGCUUCACCUGUGGCCAAAUUCCGGCAGGUUUCUACCUAGCAUCGAAUGCCGCACUGGAAUCGAGGCAAGAUAUCAGCCACAUAUUGGGUCAGCAUUUUUGGUUUCAGGAAGAUGACUUACUCGAUGCUAUCGUCUGUGGAGCUUGCUGGGCAAAAGUGGACGAAUUUCAUCGUUUCUACCAGGAGGUUAAGCUGUUUCACGAGCAACAGAUGGACUCGAAACCGCUCUCAAUUUGUAUCAAACAAGAAGAGAUUGAAAUCGUGGAGCAAUUACUUCCAGAUGAUGGAUUAUAUGCAUCAGAAGAAUGUGAGAAACCUCACGAGGAAGUCGACUGUAAGCUUGAAACGAAAGAAAUAUGUAACGAGCUCCUUCUAGUGACAGAGAAUAUUGAUUCUAAACCUCUAAAACCUUACACUUUGAGAAAACCAUUAACUAAAAAAAAGUCGUUGCUAAAUCCGGCGCGCAAACGUAAUGUUAUACCGCUGGAACAACAGAAAGCGGAGGACGAUUUCAUCAAACAGCAUAGGCCCUACUUGUGCACCGAUUGCUACGUAGAAUUCGAUAGCUUCACUGCGAUUCGUAGUCACUCCCACAUUGUCCACGGUAAAAAAUACAUUGUGUGCUGUGGCACUCAGCAAAGAACCAGAUCCAUGCUGUACGAGCACGUUCAAAAUCUGCUCAAUCCCGAAGCAAUCAGAUGUGAGGUUUGCAGCAAAACGUUCAAGUCCCAGGGAGGCUACAUCCGACACAAGGAUGAGCUCCACCCGGAGGAAGAACAGUUGGUAUUCAAGUGUCAUCGAUGCCCGAAGAGCUUUCCCAAGCAGAAGUUACUCAAGCGCCACGUGGCUGAGCAUGAAACGCUCGAGAAUGAAACAGCAAAAUGUAACGUCUGCGGAAAGUGCUUCAGAGCACAGCUCAGUCUAAGGAGGCAUAUCAUAGAAGUCCACGGGGAGAAGAGCUAUGACUUCGUUUGUGAGCAUUGCUCUAGGAGAUUUGCCAGGCUUGCAGAGCUUAAGACGCAUCGAAAAAUACAUGAACUCACGGUGGAACAAACGAGGAAACAGUGCCCGGUUUGCAACAAAUGGCUGAAGAACCUCAAGUAUUGGAGAAGGCACGUGCAAAGUCAUCAAGAGCAUGGUCAGUACCAAUGCGAUCGGUGUGAUCAUGUUUCAGUCAAUCUGUUGGCCCUGAAGAGGCACGCUGAGCGAAAGCACAAUAACACGGUCAAAAGGUACCCCUGUGAGGUUUGCGGCAAGGAAUAUUCGCGACCCGUUACCCUCAAGGAACACAUUGCCAAUGCUCACACAGGGGAACCGUUGUAUCAGUGUCCGUAUUGCGAGAAGAAGUUCUUUUCCAAUGCCACCAUGUACGCGCACAAGAAAAAGGACCACCCGGAGCUGUGGAAGAAAGAUCGCAUGAGAAAGUAUGCUCCUAUCGAGAAGGAGAAGGAGGCAGAGGAAGAUAAGAGUGGAGAAGGAACCGCGAGUUAGGCGAAUCGCGGUCGCAUGUUGUGUCUGUUAAAUUGUAUGAUAUACAUAAUCUUUAAAAAAGAAAAAUGAUUAUUGUUGCUGAAGCGUACGCCAUAAAAUUGACACUGGUUAUUCCCAAUGCGAAUCACGAAAUCGUUAUCCACACCACGCAGGCAUCUACGGAAAUAGCGAAGCCGACCAAGACUACGAGGCAACAGGCAAUCGACACCCCCUCCCAGGAGAGGAGGCACUGAGAUCGGUCAGGAUAGUAAUGCGCCGUCUGAGGGAAACCUACGGUGGACAACACAGCCGACCAGCUAUUGUUCACCCGGCCAAGGAUCGGCCACACGCGGAUAAUACAAUUCAAUUUCUGUUGAAGAGAGAAUAUCUACCCACAUG